UGACAUUUGUUAUCGCUGACAUAUAAAUUCUGAUCAAUCUUUCUAUUGGCAAACAUAUGUAAAAAUCAUAUGUUACAAUCAUAAUACUUACUUCAAAGUCGAAUUGACAUUUUUUUAUGUUGGUUUUUCUAAUAUUUUAAGUGAUGAUUAUAAUUUAUUACAAUGGCACAAGCCUUUGUAACAACUACAAAAAAUAGUUUUAGAUGGAACGUACAAGAAAAAGUAAAGCCUAUACGGCAUGAACACAAAUUUGAUGAAUGUUAUGGGAAAAAUAUUGAGUGGCUAACCGAACAGGAUUUAAAUGAAAAGAUGGAAAAAUUUGAAAAAAUAAAAGCUUCUGUUGCUCAACUUAAACGAGAUAGAAUGUCUAGAACAACAUACAGGAUAGAUUAUUGUAAACACGAAAAGAAAGCUGCGAGAACUGUGGGUAGUGAAGACAGUUUUGAAAACCAGUUACAAGAAAGAUAUUAUAAAAAAAUAUAUCAAAAAAAGAAGGGCAAAAUUUUACCCACCGUAGAGACACAAAGAAUAUUCGGCUUUCUUGCACCUUCAAGGAUGUAUACGCAAAAAUCAAACUACCAGCAUGAUUAUGGACAGGUAGGGUUUGACCGCUUAUUUAAUGGCAAUAUUCCGUAAAAUGAGGUCGACUUAUAGAUUAUAAUUCUUAAUAUUUUAUAUAAAUUAAUAUGUAAAGACUCAAAUUAAAUAUACUGUAAUGAUCCAAACUA